AUGGCGGGAAAGCGGCUUCUGGAUGCCCUCCAGUUCCUCAAUGUCACCAAAUCCGUUGCCGGAAAACACCUCGCAAUCCGACAGCAGCAACUAGGUGUUUAUACACGCACAUCAUCCAUCACCAAAGGACUAAAAGAACAAGCAGAUAAUUGGGUGAUUACUGCUCAGGCGGCUUCUGCUUUAGCUAAACGUUUCAAUGAGACUUCAUCGUCUCCUGAUGGCCAAACAAGGGGAUAUUCGGGAGAGGACUUAACUGGUGGCAUCGUUGAGAAAGAUGCCAUUCAGAAAGCUAAUUCCCACGAAGUCAUCAAUGGGGAUAAGCUGGAUAAUACAAGUCAAUUACAAAGACAGGGGGAGUUUGAGAUCCCAGCAAAACAAGCCGCUCAAGACUUGGAACAGACAGUGGCUGAUGAUCUAACAGUCAGCAAAGCUCAAGAUACAUUUUACAAUCCUCCUUUGACCUCAACCACAGGUAUAUCGUCACUUCCCAGGGUUAAAAUACCCGAAACAGUUGGUGUCUCCCAGAUGAGUGAACCUCGUGUCACCUCUGGACCUAUAAAUUCGGACGUGUUCCAUUCUCCUAGUAGCACACCAGCAGAACCAUCCGAGGAAGCUUUGCAAGGCGUUUUCCGUAGCCCAAGAGUUGCAAGUCUGCUUCUGUCGAAGAAAAAGAACCCCUACAUUCUUAACAGAGAAUCGAUUGACAUUGCCAAAAAUGAAUCUCAAAAGCAUCACGAUGAUGCUAGGGUCGCUAGUAUUUCCGACUCUGCAACUACAGUUGAGAGGAAAGUCACGGAAGGACAAUCGAGCUCUACAUUGCCCGAGAUGCCCGAGACUCUAGCAGAAGAUAUCAAAUAUACUACAACAAGGGCCUCAUCGGUAGAAGAGACUCCUUAUAGAAUGCUGGAAUCGCGCGUCCCUUCUUCUCGUCUAGGCAGGAUCUGGCAAUAUGGGGGCCUCGCUACCUCGAUGGCUUUUGGCGCCUUUGGUGAGAGCUUCCGAAGAGCCACUGGGAUUGCAGACGGGUCCAAUGGGUCAAUUAUAUUCAGUGCUGGUAAUAUGGAACGUCUGGUUGCGAAGCUCUCUAAAAUGAGAGGCGCAGCUCUGAAACUGGGUCAAAUGAUGAGCUUCCAAGAUUCCCGGAUGCUGCCUGAGCCUAUUGCCGCUGUCUUGCAACGAGUUCAAGACCGUGCGGAUUACAUGCCAGCAUCCCAAAGAGAUAAAGUCCUCGUUGCAAACUUGGGACCUAACUGGCGAGAUCUAUUUGAAUCUUUUGAAGAGAUCCCAAUGGCCGCUGCUUCGAUAGGCCAAGUCCAUGGUGCAGUCCUCAAGAAAAAUGGACAGCGCGUGGCUGUUAAAAUCCAGUACCCAGGAGUGGCUGAUUCCAUUGAUUCCGAUCUGAAUAACCUAUCCAUUCUUCUCACAGCAACCCGUCUGCUCCCAAAGGGACUUUUCCUUGAUAAGACCAUUGCAAAUGCGCGUACAGAGCUGGGGUGGGAAUGCGAUUAUGUCCGUGAAGCAGAAUGCGCGGAACGAUUCAGAAUCUUGCUCUCAACUGAUUCGUCUUCUUUCGUUGUUCCAGAGAUCGUCCACGAAGCGUCGGGCAAACAGGUGUUGACAAUGGAGCGGAUGGAUGGAAUAGCCGUUACAAAAAUAAAGGAUUUCACCCAGGAGCAACGUGACUGGAUUGGUACGGAGAUUCUUCGACUCUGUUUACGGGAAAUUUGUGAUUUCCAUUUCAUGCAGACUGACCCCAACUGGACUAAUUUCCUGUACAACGCGGAAAAGAAUCGACUUGAAUUACUUGAUUUCGGUGCCUCGCGCGAGUAUCCCCCCGAUUUCAUCGACACCUAUGUCGAAACUCUCCUGGCUGCCGUGCAUGAUGAUAGGGACCGAUGUCGAGAUCUCUCCGUGAAAUUGGGCUAUCUCACAGGCUACGAGUCCCAAGCGAUGGUUGACGCUCACAUUGAUUCCAUCAUGACUCUCGCGGAACCCUACAAAGACUCUGCUCCUGACAUUUACGAUUUUCGUGACCAGACCAUAACGGAUCGUGUACGGUCAUUGAUCCCUACAAUGCUUCGCGAACGAUUGGCUCCCCCUCCUGAGGAAACUUAUAGUUUACACCGGAAACUAAGUGGUGCGUUCCUGCUAUGCGCCAAAUUGGAGAGUCGAGUGCCUUGCAAGGAGCUGUUCAGAUCUGUUGUUGCUGAGAAACGUAGGGGUGCGAAGUCAUAA